GGCAGGUAACUCCCUCCUUGAAUACACAUUUGCUGAUUCCCCAUCACCUUCAAGAAACAGUUGGGGAGCUCAGAGAAACUCGAGUGGAUCCACCACUGUGAAUAUGACCUUCUUCACCCCUAAUGAUGCAGUUAUUGGACGAUAUGUUUUAUACUUGACUAGUGGAGGCUCCAGACGUAUCGGGGAGUUCUAUCUGCUGUUCAACCCUUGGGCUCCAGGUGAUAUGGUUUACAUAGCAGAUCAAUCCCAAAGACAGGAGUAUGUGAUGUCGGAAUUUGGUCUUAUCUAUGGUGGGGACUCCAACUCUCCCUCUCAGUUUCCUUGGAACUAUGGGCAGUUUCAGGGACAGAAUCUCUACAUCACUCUCGCACUACUGGAUUCAUCUCUGAGUUUUCGCAGAAAUGCUUCUGAGGAUGUCAGAAAACGCAACAACCCUUUACAUAUCGCCAGAGUCCUGAGUGCUAUAGUGAAUAGUAAAGAUGAUAAUGGAGUGGUGAUGGGUGACUGGAGUGGAGAGUAUUCUGGUGGUACCAAUCCCAGUGCCUGGAAUGGAAGCACAAGCCUUCUGAAGAGCUGGUUUGAACGUAGGCAGCCAGUAAAAUAUGGACAGUGCUGGGUCUUUGCUGGUGUUCUGUGUACAGUCAGCAGAGCCCUGGGAUUACCCUGCCGAGUGAUUACUAACUACAAUUCUGCCCAUGACACAAAUGGUGACUUGAGCAUUGAAAAAUACUUUACUGAAUCAGGAGAUCCAGUUGAGAUCAGCGAUGACAGUAUUUGGAAUUUUCAUUGCUGGAAUGAAUUGUGGUGCACUCGACCUGAUAUUAGUAGUGCUUAUAAUGGAUGGCAAAUUUUUGAUUCAACUCCUCAAGAAACAAGUGAUGGUAUUUUCCAACUAGGUCCAGCAUCUCAAGUUGCAAUAAGAGAAGGAGAUUUGGAUAAGUCUUAUGACACUCAAUUUGUAUUUUCGGAGGUGAAUGCAGAUGUCAGCUACUAUGUCGUAAAAGGGAACAAUUCAAAAUUUAAAUCAAGGACAAACACAGCAGAAGUGGGCACAUUAAUCUGCACAAAAGCUGUGGGCAUAUCUGAUUACGAAAAUAUCACUCAUUUGUAUAAGUACCUAGAAGGCUCUGGAAAAGAGAGAGAAAUUUACCGGAAAGCUCAGCAGAUAGUUGGUGUAAGUUCUGGAUUCAUGGCAUUUUCUGCUGACGGAUCUCCAGCUGCCGCGUCCGCUAGAGAACAGGAUGUUUCUGGAGCAAUAACCUUUUCUGGAACACCUACAGUUGGGGAAGAUAUCACUGCAAUCCUGACUUUAACAAAUUUGAAACCCACAAUCAAAAAUGUAACUGUCAACAUAUGUGUGUCUGCUAUUGUGUACACCAAAGCAGUGAGACACUCUGUUCUCAAGCAAACUGUCAACGUGCAACUCAACCCAAAUGAAGGUGGGGGGCAGGGAUUUCCUGCUUGCUUGUCCUGCAUACCAACUAAAAAGAAAAAAAAGUUUGUGAAAGAGGUCCCAAUUCAUGUUAAAUACUCUGAAUAUGAAAAAGCAUUGACGACGGAUAACAUGAUCCAUGUAAUGGCCGUGUGUCAGGUUGAAGGCUGGGGGGAUCUGUUGGUGGAAGGUACCGUCACUUUGAAGACACCACGUCUUAUAGUUCAGGCUGUUGGACCAGUCGAGUUGGGAAAAUCAGCGACUAUAGAAGUUACAUUUACUAAUCCUCUUCAAGUCGCAGUAAAUGAAUGUGUGCUCACAGCAGAGGGUAGUGGUUUAACAGAAAAUGAAGUUAGGAAGAGUGUUGGUACCUUGGAACCUGGAAAAUCGAUUACCUUUACCGUGGACAUCAAGCCUUUUGCAUCUGGAGAGAAACAUUUGUUACUCAAUUUAUCAUGUGACAAAUAUAGUGAUAUUAAGGAAUUUGUAACUGUGCCCGUGUCAGAACAUCCUUCAUAACCCCGACUGCAAUAACAACUUUAUUGUAUUAUUUGGUUAUUCAGUGCCUAUCUGUUCCUACCAGUAAGUGUUAAAAAUAAAGA